AUGGAUGAGCGACACAAUUCCAAGGCGCGCCGGUCCACAGCAGGCUCGAGGAAGAAGGGGAAGUUGCGUCGUAAAAGCAACGGUGUCGUCCCUACAGCUGAUGUCCCUGAUCCCAACGCCGCGAUCCUUGAAUACAAGUCGCUCGAAGAUAAGGAGCGCGACAGAAAAGAGAGGCUCGUGAGAGAGCUUGCAGCACAGUCAGAAUCCAAAGUAUCGAGACAGAAGCGGAAGAGGCUGGAAAAGUAUGUUGAAAAAAAGCUAAGAAAAGAAGAGAGACUUGUGAUUUUUGAGAAGCUAGCCCAGACACAAGCUCAAACUUCAAGCCUUGAUCUUCAAUCCUCAUCUACUCUUGGUACAGGAGCCACAUAUACAGCUCGAGAACGCCAGGAAAAGCUAGAAGAUAAGGAAGUACGUCAUGCCAUGGAGGGCCAUCCCAAUAAACGUCGACGGCGCCAUAACGAUUUCACUAUUCAUGAAUACGGAGAUAGCGAAGACGAAUCCGAUGCGAUGGAUGGAAUUGGAUUCGUUGAGAGAGCUGAUCAAACACCAGAGCAACAUGAUGAACAUGAACAUGAGGGGCCAGUCACGAAGGAGUUCUUCACGGAUCCUCCUAUGGCUUCGACAGUCUCGCAGCCAGCUGAAUCCACAUUUACCGUUGGUGGAGCGCUCAAACGGAAUCCUGAUGGUUCUGUCGUGGCGCCCCUAGUCGUGAAUAAAAAGAAUGCAAAGAGUCGAAUAGUAUCUGGAAAAGAAGGAUGCCACACACUAGGGGUUUCAGAACAGGAAUCAGACUCGUCAUUUGACAGCUCUGAUUCGGCCUAUGAUACGGAUGAAGAACACCACGACGACGAUCGAGAAGGGGACAUCUCAGCGGUGGGUUCAGACGAGGAAGAAGAGUGUCCUCCACCUGCAAAGAAACGACUUGGAUUCAAGGACUGGGCCGUAAAACAGCUCAACACAGCGAAAGGCCACGAUGUUACUAAAGGGACCCCAUCGUUACUCGAAAUUGAGCAUCCAGCCGCACCUGCAUCUCAAAAACGAAAGUCGAUAUCGUCACAGCCGAAUUUAAUGCGCGGUCCCCUGGGUGAAGACCUAAAGCUUCCUUCUACAUCUUUUGCCGAAUGCAUGACGAAAAUCUCCUCUAAAUCAUCUUAUAGAAGCAUAAAGUCGGUGUCUGUCAUUCGUCCCCUUGAUAUCCAGGAGUCCAGGAUGCAGUUGCCUAUCAUUGCAGAAGAGCAGCCCAUCAUGGAAACCAUAAUGCUCAAUCCAGUGGUGAUCAUUUGCGGUGAAACUGGUAGCGGAAAGACUACUCAGGUCCCACAAUUUCUCUACGAAGCCGGGUUUGGUGAUCCUACUGGAGAAAACCCGGGCAUGAUAGGCGUUACGCAGCCACGGCGAGUUGCGGCAAUGUCGAUGGCAUCUCGAGUGGCUCGUGAACUAUCCUUGACCUCCUCCCGCGUAUCGUACCAGAUCCGAUACGACGCCACCGUGUCUCCUUCAACUACGAUCAAGUUUAUGACCGAUGGGGUGCUUUUGCGUGAACUUGCUACCGAUUUCUUACUCUCAAAAUAUUCGGUGAUUAUCAUCGACGAAGCGCAUGAGCGUAGUAUGAAUACCGAUAUCUUGAUCGGCGUCCUUAGUCGAGUAAUCAAACUACGCGAACAAAUGUGGAAGGAUGGUACAGAGGGUACGAGACCACUACGGCUUAUAAUCAUGUCGGCGACCCUACGCGUCGGUGACUUCGCAGAGAAUCAGACCCUCUUCUCGUCGCCGCCUCCAGUUGUCAAUGUUGAUGCUCGUCAACACCCUGUAACAAUACACUUCAAUCGGCGGACGUCUACUGACUAUGUCCGCGAAGCAGUCAAGAAAGCGGCCAAGAUUCAUGCUCGUUUGCCACCGGGAGGUAUCCUCAUAUUCUUGACAGGGCAAAAUGAAAUCCAGGGCGUCUGCAAAAAGCUCGAGGCACGAUAUGGCAGAAAAGCUCUGGAAGCAAGAAAGAAGAGGAGACAAGUUGUCCAAGCUUCUUCUAUUUUUGCAGAAUCCGUUGCCAGUGAAGCUCCCUGUGCUGUCACUCCGCUUCACGCCGACGUCGAAGCCGAAGAUAUCGAGUUUGGCAUUCAUGAGCAGGAGUUAGCACUCGAUGUAGAUGGAGACCUUGCGGAGGAAGAUCCCGAAGGCCUUGAUAGUGAUGACGAAGAUGGCCUCAACGCUGAACUUGGCAUCGAUAUCGAGGAGUGUGAUGUCCCAAUGCACGUCGUCCCUUUGUACUCGCUCUUGCCAAGCGAGAAACAAAUGCGAGUUUUUGAUACACCACCACCAGGCUAUCGUUUGGUGGUAGUAUCAACAAAUGUCGCAGAGACCUCCCUUACGAUCCCAAACAUACGUUAUGUAAUCGAUUCUGGUCGAGCGAAAGAGCGACAUUAUGAUAUAGCGAGCGGUAUCCAGUCUUAUCAGGUCAGCUGGGUCUCCAAGGCCUCCGCCGCCCAACGAGCUGGUCGCGCGGGUCGUACAGGUCCAGGCCACUGCUACAGGCUCUAUUCCUCCGCUCUUUACGAGCAUUAUUUCGAGUCAUUUUCACAGCCUGAAAUCCUGCGCACACCGAUUGAGGGUGUCGUUUUGCAGAUGAAAAGCAUGAACAUCGACGCCGUUGUCAACUUCCCUUUCCCAACCCCUCCAGAUAGACAGGUGUUGAAGAAGGCUGAGACGGUCCUCACUCGUCUUGGUGCGCUCAGUAGUACACCUCUCGUAUCGCAAGCCGGGGUGUCUAUGUCAACGAUCGGGGGGCAACUGACGCCUCUAGGGAAGGCAAUGAGCCUGUUCCCGCUUUCCCCGCGCUUCUCUCGAUUGCUUGUUGGGAGCCAACAACAUGGCUGCCUGCCCUAUGUAAUCUCGAUCGUGGCAGCUAUGUCGGUCGGGGACCCUUUUCUUCGUGAAGAAGGGUUAGACGUCGACAGCGAGUCCGAUAGCGACGAUGAAGGACUGGGACACAUCAGGAACGCUUCCAUUAGAGCGAAGGAGGCGAGGAGAGCCCGUCGGCGGACAUUCUUUGAGUCUCAGCAGAUUCAUGGCUCGCUGGGUAAUUUUAAUAGUGACAUUUUCAGGUUACUCUCGCUUGUCGGGGCCUAUGAGUAUUCUGGAGGCGGUCACGAGUUUUGUAAGGCCCACUUUGUAAGGCCCAAGGCCAUGGAAGAAAUACGCAAACUGCGAGCUCAGCUGAGCAGCAUCGCAGAAACAAAUUUCCAAAACGCUGAAGUCCGCCUUAACACGAACAUCCGACCUCCCAAAGACACUCAGCUCAAAGCCAUCCGUCAACUGCUUGCCGCGGCAUUUAUUGAUCAAGUAGCGGUACGCAAGGAUCUUAUACAAGAAAACUCGAGUGGAAAGCAGUUUUCGACUACUAAAGGUGUACCGUAUGCGGCGGUGGGAGUACCCGGGGAUGUUUUCAUUCAUCCAACGUCUGUGCUUGCAAAUCGCCCUCCACCAGACUAUCUCGUCUUUUCUGAAGUAGUCCAAACAUCACGAACCUGGAUCAAAGGGCUAACGGUCAUAAAUCCUGCAUGGCUGUCGAGUCUGGGAAAACAGAGUAUGUGCACGUUUUCGAAACCUUCCAGAAACAAUGCGGGAGUGAUGAUGUCUAUACCGCGGUUUGGGCCAGAUCAGUGGGAGCUGCCGCCCGUGAAAGUGUGAUUAAGAUA